GCGAACUGUUUAGAUUGAAUCUGGGUGCCCCUAAAACCUUUGUUGCUGAAAGGAUACUAACAGUUAACUAUCCCUUUGAAUAUUCAACCUUUCCUUGCAUUGUUAGUAUCGUUGAAUUACUUUUUACUGUCAAGGCCGUUUUCGAGUCCAAUCUAAGUGUUCUCCAUGAUUACUCUAAGUCUUGUAUGGAAACGUCUAAAAUUUUUACACCAGUUCGGCAAUGGCUUUGUUUGGACAGGAACAGUCGUUGA